AUGUCUUCAACAUCAUCAGUUGAAACAUCAACACUGUCCUUAUCCACGACAGGAAACAAAACACCAGAAGCUGAAAGCUCUACAGAGGCACAAAGUACAAGCAGGUUAACAACAUCAGAAACCUCAAUUGCACCCAUUACAAAAACCCUUGCAACGAUCACUGGUAAAGCGUGGACAACACUUCAGACUACUGGUGAACAAACCACCGAGAUUAAAUUUACCACAUCUCAAAUACCUUUGUCCACCACCACCAGGCCACCAAAAGUGGGGACGACUGGCCUAACAAGCCAACCAACGACUACAGCAACAACCACUUUAGAAGAGAUAACAGGCACAUCAUCUGAAACAUCUACAAGCACAGCCCUGCCAGUGUCACAAACUUCAUUGCCAGUCGUUACAUCCACACAGUCAAACACGUUGACAAAGACAACUGCAGUACCAGUUACUACCCUUGUGUACACAACAGUGAGUGUAGAAUCAUCCACUGGGUCUGAGGUUACCACUCAGGGUCUUUCUUCAACAACAAAACCAAUCAAAGCUGAAACUACUUUUUCAACCACCACACCAGCCAUCCCAUCCACUACUCUCCUUGUCGAGGAAGAAAGCACAACUGCCCAACCAUCUACAGAAUCAUCAGCUCCAAGUGUAGUCUCCACAACUUCAAAAUCAUCUACAGCUACUCAAACCACUGGACAACCAACAACAACUGAGACUGUAACUGAGAAUGAACUGACCACAGCUCAGACACCUUUGUCCACCACCACCAGGCCACCAAAAGUGGGGACGACUGGCCUAACAAGCCAACCAACGACUACAGCAACAACCACUUUAGAAGAGGUAACAGGCACAUCAUCUGAAACAUCAACAUCUACAAGCACAGCCCUGCCAGUGUCACAAACUUCAUUGCCAGUCGUUACAUCCACACAGCCAACAACACAGACAAAAACAACUGCUGUACCAGUUACUACCCUUGUGUACACAACAGUGAGUGUAGAAUCAUCCACUGGGUCUGAGGUUACCACUCAGGGUCUUUCUUCAACAACAAAACCAAUCAAAGCUGAAACUACUUUUUCAACCACCACACCAGCCAUCCCAUCCACUACUCUCCUUGUCGAGGAAGAAAGCACAACUGCCCAACCAUCUACAGAAUCAUCAGCUCCAAGUGUAGUCUCCACAACUUCAAAAUCAUCUACAGCUACUCAAACCACUGGACAACCAACAACAACUGAGACUGUAACUGAGAAUGAACUGACCACAGCUCAGACACCUUUGUCCACCACCACCAGGCCACCAAAAGUGGGGACGACUGGCCUAACAAGCCAACCAACGACUACAGCAACAACCACUUUAGAAGAGGUAACAGGCACAUCAUCUGAAACAUCAACAUCUACAAGCACAGCCCUGCCAGUGUCACAAACUUCAUUGCCAGUCGUUACAUCCACACAGCCAACAACACAGACAAAAACAACUGCUGUACCACUCACUACCGUUGUGUCCACAACAGUGAGCGUAGAAUCAUCCACUGGGUCUGAGGUUACCACUCAGGGUCUUUCUUCAACAACAAAACCUCUCAAAGCUGAAACAACUCUUUCAACCAGUACACCAGCCAUCCCAUCCACUACUCUCCUUGUCGAGGAAGAAAGCACAACUGCCCAACCAUCUACAGAAUCAUCAGCUCCAAGUGUAGUCUCCACAACUUCAAAAUCAUCUACAGCUACUCAAACAAAUGGACAACCAACCACAACUGAGACUGUAACUGAAAAUGAAUUGACCACAGCUAAGACACCUUUGUCCACCACCACCAGGCCACCAAAAGUGGGGACGACUGGCCUAACAAUCCAACCAACGACUACAGCAACAACCACUUUAGAAGAGGUAACAGGCACAUCAUCUGAAACAUCAACAUCUACAAGCACAGCCCUGCCAGUGUCGCAAACUUCAUUGCCAGUCGUUACAUCCACACAGCCAACAACACAGACAAAAACAACUGCUGUACCAGUCACUACCGUUGUGUCCACAACAGUGAGUGUAGAAUCAUCCACUGGGUCUGAGGUUACCACUCAGGGUCUUUCUUCAACAACAAAACCUCUCAAAGCUGAAACAACUCUUUCAACCAGCACACCAGCCAUCCCAUCCACUACUCUCAUUGUAGAGGAAGGAAGCACCACUGUCCAACCAUCUACUGAAUCAUCAGCUCCAAGUAUAGUCUCCACAACUUCAAAAUCAUCUACAGCUACUCAAACAACUGGACAACCAACCACAACUGAGACUGUAACUGAGAAUGAAUUGACCACAGCUCAGACACCUUUGUCCACCACCACCAGGCCACCAAAAGUGGGGACGACUGGCCUAACAAGCCAAACAACGACUACAGCAACAACCACUUUAGAAGAGGUAACAGGCACAUCAUCUGAAACAUCAACAUCUACAAGCACAGCCCUGCCAGUGUCGCAAACUUCUUUGCUAGUCGUUACAUCCACACAGCCAACAACACAGACAAAAACAACUGCUGUACCAGUCACUACCGUUGUUUCCACAACAGUGAGUGUAGAAUCAUCCACUGGGUCUGAGGUUACCACUCAGGGUCUUUCUUCAACAACAAAACCUCUCAAAGCUGAAACAACUCUUUCAACCAGCACACCAGCCAUCCCAUCCACUACUCUCAUUGUAGAGGAAGGAAGCACCACUGUCCAACCAUCUACAGAAUCAUCAGCUCCAAGUAUAGUCUCCACAACUUCAAAAUCAUCUACAGCUACUCAAACAACUGGACAACCAACCACAACUGAGACUGUAACUGAGAAUGAAUUGACCACAGCUCAGACACCUUUGUCCACCACCACCAGGCCACCAAAAGUGGGGACGACUGGCCUAACAAGCCAACCAACGACGACACCAACAACUACUUUAGAAGAGGUAACAGGCACAUCCUCUGAAACAUCAACAUCUACAAGGACAGCCCUGCCAGUGUCGCAAACUUCAUUGCCAGUCGUUACAUCCACACAGCCAACAACACAGACAAAAACAACUGCUGUACCAGUCACUACCGUUGUGUCCACAACAGUGAGUGUAGAAUCAUCCACUGGGUCUGAGGUUACCACUCAGGGUCUUUCUUCAACAACAAAACCUCUCAAAGCUGAAACAACUCUUUCAACCAGCACACCAGCCAUCCCAUCCACUACUCUCAUUGUAGAGGAAGGAAGCACCACUGUCCAACCAUCUACAGAAUCAUCAGCUCCAAGUGUAUUCUCCACAACUUCAAAAUCAUCUACAGCUACUCAAACAACUGGACAACCAACAACAACUGAGACUGUAACUGAGAAUGAAUUGACCACAGCUCAGACACCUUUGUCCACCACCACCAGGCCACCAAAAGUGGGGACGACUGGCCUAACAAGCCAACCAACGACUACAGCAACAACCACUUUAGAAGAGGUAACAGGCACAUCAUCUGAAACAUCAACAUCUACAAGCACAGCCCUGCCAGUGUCGCAAACUUCAUUGCCAGUCGUUACAUCCACACAGCCAACAACACAGACAAAAACAACUGCUGUACCAGUCACUACCGUUGUGUCCACAACAGUGAGUGUAGAAUCAUCCACUGGGUCUGAGGUUACCACUCAGGGUCUUUCUUCAACAACAAAACCUCUCAAAGCUGAAACAACUCUUUCAACCAGCACACCAGCCAUCCCAUCCACUACUCUCAUUGUAGAGGAAGGAAGCACCACUGUCCAACCAUCUACAGAAUCAUCAGCUCCAAGUAUAGUCUCUACAACUUCAAAAUCAUCUACAGCUACUCAAACAACUGGACAACCAACCACAACUGAGACUGUAACUGAGAAUGAAUUGACCACAGCUCAGACACCUUUGUCCACCACCACCAGGCCACCAAAAGUGGGGACGACUGGCCUAACAAGCCAACCAACGACUACAGCAACAACCACUUUAGAAGAGGUAACAGGCACAUCAUCUGAAACAUCAACAUCUACAAGCACAGCCCUGCCAGUGUCGCAAACUUCAUUGCCAGUCGUUAGAUCCACACAGCCAACAACACAGACAAAAACAACUGCUGUACCAGUCACUACCGUUGUGUCCACAACAGUGAGUGUAGAAUCAUCCACUGGGUCUGAGGUUACCACUCAGGGUCUUUCUUCAACAACAAAACCUCUCAAAGCUGAAACAACUCUUUCAACCAGCACACCAGCCAUCCCAUCCACUACUCUCAUUGUAGAGGAAGGAAGCACCACUGUCCAACCAUCUACAGAAUCAUCAGCUCCAAGUAUAGUCUCCACAACUUCAAAAUCAUCUACAGCUACUCAAACAACUGGACAACCAACCACAACUGAGACUGUAACUGAGAAUGAAUUGACCACAGCUCAGACACCUUUGUCCACCACCACCAGGCCACCAAAAGUGGGGACGACUGGCCUAACAAGCCAACCAACGACUACAGCAACAACCACUUUAGAAGAGGUAACAGGCACAUCAUCUGAAACAUCAACAUCUACAAGCACAGCCCUGCCAGUGUCGCAAACUUCAUUGCCAGUCGUUAGAUCCACACAGCCAACAACACAGACAAAAACAACUGCUGUACCAGUCACUACCGUUGUGUCCACAACAGUGAGUGUAGAAUCAUCCACUGGGUCUGAGGUUACCACUCAGGGUCUUUCUUCAACAACAAAACCUCUCAAAGCUGAAACAACUCUUUCAACCACCACACCAGCCAUCCCAUCCACUACUCUCAUUGUAGAGGAAGGAAGCACCACUGUCCAACCAUCUACAGAAUCAUCAGCUCCAAGUGUAGUCUCCACAACUUCAAAAUCAUCUACAGCUACUCAAACAACUGGACAACCAACCACAACUGAGACUGUAACUGACAAUGAAUUGACCACAGCUCAGACACCUUUGUCCACCACCACCAGGCCACCAAAAGUGGGGACGACUGGCCUAACAAGCCAACCAAUGACUACAGCAACAACCACUUUAGAAGAGGUAACAGGCACAUCAUCUGAAACAUCAACAUCUACAAGCACAGCCCUGCCAGUGUCGCAAACUUCAUUGCCAGUCGUUACAUCCACACAGCCAACAACACAGACAAAAACAACUGCUGUACCAGUCACUACCGUUGUGUCCACAACAGUGAGUGUAGAAUCAUCCACUGGGUCUGAGGUUACCACUCAGAGUCUUUCUUCAACAACAAAACCUCUCAAAGCUGAAACAACUCUUUCAACCAGCACACCAGCCAUCCCAUCCACUACUCUCAUUGUAGAGGAAGGAAGCACCACUGUCCAACCAUCUACAGAAUCAUCAGCUCCAAGUAUAGUCUCCACAACUUCAAAAUCAUCUACAGCUACUCAAACAACUGGACAACCAACCACAACUGAGACUGUAACUGAGAAUGAAUUGACCACAGCUCAGACACCUUUGUCCACCACCACCAGGCCACCAAAAGUGGGGACGACUGGCCUAACAAGCCAACCAACGACUACAGCAACAACCACUUUAGAAGAGGUAACAGGCACAUCAUCUGAAACAUCAACAUCUACAAGCACAGCCCUGCCAGUGUCGCAAACUUCAUUGCCAGUCGUUACAUCCACACAGCCAACAACACAGACAAAAACAACUGCUGUACCAGUCACUACCGUUGUGUCCACAACAGUGAGUGUAGAAUCAUCCACUGGGUCUGAGGUUACCACUCAGGGUCUUUCUUCAACAACAAAACCUCUCAAAGCUGAAACAACUCUUUCAACCACCACACCAGCCAUCCCAUCCACUACUCUCAUUGUAGAGGAAGGAAGCACCACUGUCCAACCAUCUACAGAAUCAUCAGCUCCAAGUAUAGUCUCCACAACUUCAAAAUCAUCUACAGCUACUCAAACAACUGGACAACCAACCACAACUGAGACUGUAACUGACAAUGAAUUGACCACAGCUCAGACACCUUUGUCCACCACCACCAGGCCACCAAAAGUGGGGACGACUGGCCUAACAAGCCAACCAAUGACUACAGCAACAACCACUUUAGAAGAGGUAACAGGCACAUCAUCUGAAACAUCAACAUCUACAAGCACAGCCCUGCCAGUGUCGCAAACUUCAUUGCCAGUCGUUACCUCCACACAGCCAACAACACAGACAAAAACAACUGCUGUACCAGUCACUACCGUUGUGUCCACAACAGUGAGUGUAGAAUCAUCCACUGGGUCUGAGGUUACCACUCAGAGUCUUUCUUCAACAACAAAACCUCUCAAAGCUGAAACAACUCUUUCAACCACCACACCAGCCAUCCCAUCCACUACUCUCAUUGUAGAGGAAGGAAGCACCACUGUCCAACCAUCUACAGAAUCAUCAGCUCCAAGUGUAGUCUCCACCACUUCAAAAUCAUCUACAGCUACUCAAACAACUGGACAACCAACCACAACUGAGACUGUAACUGAGAAUGAAUUGACCACAGCUCAGACACCUUUGUCCACCACCACCAGGCCACCAAAAGUGGGGACGACUGGCCUAACAAGCCAACCAACGACUACAGCAACAACUACUUUAGAAGAGAUAACAGGCACAUCAUCUGAAACAUCAACAUCUACAAGCACAGCCCUGCCAGUGUCGCAAACUUCAUUGCCAGUCGUUACAUCCACACAGCCAACAACACAGACAAAAACAACUGCUGUACCAGUCACUACCGUUGUGUCCACAACAGUGAGUGUAGAAUCAUCCACUGGGUCUGAGGUCACCACUCAGGGUCUUUCUUCAACAACAAAACCUCUCAAAGCUGAAACAACUCUUUCAACCAGCACACCAGCCAUCCCAUCCACUACUCUCAUUGUAGAGGAAGGAAGCACCACUGUCCAACCAUCUACAGAAUCAUCAGCUCCAAGUAUAGUCUCCACAACUUCAAAAUCAUCUACAGCUACUCAAACAACUGGACAACCAACCACAACUGAGACUGUAACUGAGAAUGAAUUGACCACAGCUCAGACACCUUUGUCCACCACCACCAGGCCACCAAAAGUGGGGACGACUGGCCUAACAAGCCAACCAACGACUACAGCAACAACCACUUUAGAAGAGGUAACAGGCACAUCAUCUGAAACAUCAACAUCUACAAGCACAGCCCUGCCAGUGUCGCAAACUUCAUUGCCAGUCGUUACAUCCACACAGCCAACAACACAGACAAAAACAACUGCUGUACCAGUCACUACCGUUGUGUCCACAACAGUGAGUGUAGAAUCAUCCACUGGGUCUGAGGUUACCACUCAGGGUCUUUCUUCAACAACAAAACCUCUGAAAGCUGAAACAACUCUUUCAACCAGCACACCAGCCAUCCCAUCCACUACUCUCAUUGUAGAGGAAGGAAGCACCACUGUCCAACCAUCUACAGAAUCAUCAGCUCCAAGUAUAGUCUCUACAACUUCAAAAUCAUCUACAGCUACUCAAACAACUCGACAACCAAUCACAACUGAGACUGUAACUGAGAAUGAAUUGACCACAGCUCAGACGCCUUUGUCCACCACCACCAGGCCACCAAAAGUGGGGACGACUGGCCUAACAAGCCAACCAACGACUACAGCAACAACCACUUUAGAAGAGGUAACAGGCACAUCAUCUGAAACAUCAACAUCUACAAGCACAGCCCUGCCAGUGUCGCAAACUUCAUUGCCAGUCGUUACCUCCACACAGCCAACAACACAGACAAAAACAACUGCUGUACCAGUCACUACCGUUGUGUCCACAACAGUGAGUGUAGAAUCAUCCACUGGGUCUGAGGUUACCACUCAGAGUCUUUCUUCAACAACAAAACCUCUCAAAGCUGAAACAACUCUUUCAACCACCACACCAGCCAUCCCAUCCACUACUCUCAUUGUAGAGGAAGGAAGCACCACUGUCCAACCAUCUACAGAAUCAUCAGCUCCAAGUGUAGUCUCCACAACUUCAAAAUCAUCUACAGCUACUCAAACAACUGGACAACCAACCACAACUGAGACUGUAACUGAGAAUGAAUUGACCACAGCUCAGACACCUUUGUCCACCACCACCAGGCCACCAAAAGUGGGGACGACUGGCCUAACAAGCCAACCAACGACUACAGCAACAACCACUUUAGAAGAGGUAACAGGCACAUCAUCUGAAACAUCAACAUCUACAAGCACAGCCCUGCCAGUGUCGCAAACUUCAUUGCCAGUCGUUAGAUCCACACAGCCAACAACACAGACAAAAACAACUGCUGUACCAGUCACUACCGUUGUGUCCACAACACUGAAACAACUCUUUCAACCACCACCAGCCAUCCCAUCCACUACUCUCAUUGUAGAGGAAGGAAGCACCACUGUCCAACCAUCUACAGAAUCAUCAGCUCCAAGUAUAGUCUCCACAACUUCAAAAUCAUCUACAGCUACUCAAACAACUGGACAACCAACCACAACUGAGACUGUAACUGACAAUGAAUUGACCACAGCUCAGACACCUUUGUCCACCACCACCAGGCCACCAAAAGUGGGGACGACUGGCCUAACAAGCCAACCAAUGACUACAGCAACAACCACUUUAGAAGAGGUAACAGGCACAUCAUCUGAAACAUCAACAUCUACAAGCACAGCCCUGCCAGUGUCGCAAACUUCAUUGCCAGUCGUUACCUCCACACAGCCAACAACACAGACAAAAACAACUGCUGUACCAGUCACUACCGUUGUGUCCACAACAGUGAGUGUAGAAUCAUCCACUGGGUCUGAGGUUACCACUCAGAGUCUUUCUUCAACAACAAAACCUCUCAAAGCUGAAACAACUCUUUCAACCACCACACCAGCCAUCCCAUCCACUACUCUCAUUGUAGAGGAAGGAAGCACCACUGUCCAACCAUCUACAGAAUCAUCAGCUCCAAGUGUAGUCUCCACCACUUCAAAAUCAUCUACAGCUACUCAAACAACUGGACAACCAACCACAACUGAGACUGUAACUGAGAAUGAAUUGACCACAGCUCAGACACCUUUGUCCACCACCACCAGGCCACCAAAAGUGGGGACGACUGGCCUAACAAGCCAACCAACGACUACAGCAACAACUACUUUAGAAGAGAUAACAGGCACAUCAUCUGAAACAUCAACAUCUACAAGCACAGCCCUGCCAGUGUCGCAAACUUCAUUGCCAGUCGUUACAUCCACACAGCCAACAACACAGACAAAAACAACUGCUGUACCAGUCACUACCGUUGUGUCCACAACAGUGAGUGUAGAAUCAUCCACUGGGUCUGAGGUCACCACUCAGGGUCUUUCUUCAACAACAAAACCUCUCAAAGCUGAAACAACUCUUUCAACCAGCACACCAGCCAUCCCAUCCACUACUCUCAUUGUAGAGGAAGGAAGCACCACUGUCCAACCAUCUACAGAAUCAUCAGCUCCAAGUAUAGUCUCCACAACUUCAAAAUCAUCUACAGCUACUCAAACAACUGGACAACCAACCACAACUGAGACUGUAACUGAAAAUGAAUUGACCACAGCUCAGACACCUUUGUCCACCACCACCAGGCCACCAAAAGUGGGGACGACUGGCCUAACAAGCCAACCAAUGACUACAGCAACAACCACUUUAGAAGAGGUAACAGGCACAUCAUCUGAAACAUCAACAUCUACAAGCACAGCCCUGCCAGUGUCGCAAACUUCAUUGCCAGUCGUUACCUCCACACAGCCAACAACACAGACAAAAACAACUGCUGUACCAGUCACUACCGUUGUGUCCACAACAGUGAGUGUAGAAUCAUCCACUGGGUCUGAGGUUACCACUCAGAGUCUUUCUUCAACAACAAAACCUCUCAAAGCUGAAACAACUCUUUCAACCACCACACCAGCCAUCCCAUCCACUACUCUCAUUGUAGAGGAAGGAAGCACCACUGUCCAACCAUCUACAGAAUCAUCAGCUCCAAGUGUAGUCUCCACCACUUCAAAAUCAUCUACAGCUACUCAAACAACUGGACAACCAACCACAACUGAGACUGUAACUGAGAAUGAAUUGACCACAGCUCAGACACCUUUGUCCACCACCACCAGGCCACCAAAAGUGGGGACGACUGGCCUAACAAGCCAACCAACGACUACAGCAACAACUACUUUAGAAGAGAUAACAGGCACAUCAUCUGAAACAUCAACAUCUACAAGCACAGCCCUGCCAGUGUCGCAAACUUCAUUGCCAGUCGUUACAUCCACACAGCCAACAACACAGACAAAAACAACUGCUGUACCAGUCACUACCGUUGUGUCCACAACAGUGAGUGUAGAAUCAUCCACUGGGUCUGAGGUCACCACUCAGGGUCUUUCUUCAACAACAAAACCUCUCAAAGCUGAAACAACUCUUUCAACCAGCACACCAGCCAUCCCAUCCACUACUCUCAUUGUAGAGGAAGGAAGCACCACUGUCCAACCAUCUACAGAAUCAUCAGCUCCAAGUAUAGUCUCCACCACUUCAAAAUCAUCUACAGCUACUCAAACAACUGGACAACCAACCACAACUGAGACUGUAACUGAGAAUGAAUUGACCACAGCUCAGACACCUUUGUCCACCACCACCAGGCCACCAAAAGUGGGGACGACUGGCCUAACAAGCCAACCAACGACUACAGCAACAACUACUUUAGAAGAGAUAACAGGCACAUCAUCUGAAACAUCAACAUCUACAAGCACAGCCCUGCCAGUGUCGCAAACUUCAUUGCCAGUCGUUACAUCCACACAGCCAACAACACAGACAAAAACAACUGCUGUACCAGUCACUACCGUUGUGUCCACAACAGUGAGUGUAGAAUCAUCCACUGGGUCUGAGGUCACCACUCAGGGUCUUUCUUCAACAACAAAACCUCUCAAAGCUGAAACAACUCUUUCAACCAGCACACCAGCCAUCCCAUCCACUACUCUCAUUGUAGAGGAAGGAAGCACCACUGUCCAACCAUCUACAGAAUCAUCAGCUCCAAGUAUAGUCUCCACAACUUCAAAAUCAUCUACAGCUACUCAAACAACUGGACAACCAACCACAACUGAGACUGUAACUGAGAAUGAAUUGACCACAGCUCAGACACCUUUGUCCACCACCACCAGGCCACCAAAAGUGGGGACGACUGGCCUAACAAGCCAACCAACGACUACAGCAACAACCACUUUAGAAGAGGUAACAGGCACAUCAUCUGAAACAUCAACAUCUACAAGCACAGCCCUGCCAGUGUCACAAACUUCAUUGCCAGUCGUUACAUCCACACAGCCAACAACACAGACAAAAACAACUGCUGUACCAGUCACUACCGUUGUGUCCACAACAGUGAGUGUAGAAUCAUCCACUGGGUCUGAGGUUACCACUCAGGGUCUUUCUUCAACAACAAAACCUCUGAAAGCUGAAACAACUCUUUCAACCAGCACACCAGCCAUCCCAUCCACUACUCUCAUUGUAGAGGAAGGAAGCACCACUGUCCAACCAUCUACAGAAUCAUCAGCUCCAAGUAUAGUCUCUACAACUUCAAAAUCAUCUACAGCUACUCAAACAACUCGACAACCAAUCACAACUGAGACUGUAACUGAGAAUGAAUUGACCACAGCUCAGACACCUUUGUCCACCACCACCAGGCCACCAAAAGUGGGGACGACUGGCCUAACAAGCCAACCAACGACUACAGCAACAACCACUUUAGAAGAGGUAACAGGCACAUCAUCUGAAACAUCAACAUCUACAAGCACAGCCCUGCCAGUGUCGCAAACUUCAUUGCCAGUCGUUACAUCCACACAGCCAACAACACAGACAAAAACAACUGCUGUACCAGUCACUACCGUUGUGUCCACAACAGUGAGUGUAGAAUCAUCCACUGGGUCUGAGGUUACCACUCAGGGUCUUUCUUCAACAACAAAACCUCUCAAAGCUGAAACAACUCUUUCAACCAGCACACCAGCCAUCCCAUCCACUACUCUCAUUGUAGAGGAAGGAAGCACCACUGUCCAACCAUCUACAGAAUCAUCAGCUCCAAGUAUAGUCUCCACAACUUCAAAAUCAUCUACAGCUACUCAAACAACUGGACAACCAACCACAACUGAGACUGUAACUGAGAAUGAAUUGACCACAGCUCAGACACCUUUGUCCACCACUACCAGGCCACCAAAAGUGGGGACGACUGGCCUAACAAGCCAACCAACGACUACAGCAACAACCACUUUAGAAGAGGUAACAGUCACAUCAUCUGAAACAUCAACAUCUACAAGCACAGCCCUGCCAGUGUCACAAACUUCAUUGCCAGUCGUUACAUCCACACAGCCAACAACACAGACAAAAACAACUGCUGUACCAGUCACUACCGUUGUGUCCACAACAGUGAGUGUAGAAUCAUCCACUGGGUCUGAGGUUACCACUCAGGGUCUUUCUUCAACAACAAAACCUCUGAAAGCUGAAACAACUCUUUCAACCAGCACACCAGCCAUCCCAUCCACUACUCUCAUUGUAGAGGAAGGAAGCACCACUGUCCAACCAUCUACAGAAUCAUCAGCUCCAAGUAUAGUCUCUACAACUUCAAAAUCAUCUACAGCUACUCAAACAACUGGACAACCAACCACAACUGAGACUGUAACUGAGAAUGAAUUGACCACAGCUCAGACACCUUUGUCCACCACCACCAGGCCACCAAAAGUGGGGACGACUGGCCUAACAAGCCAACCAACGACUACAGCAACAACCACUUUAGAAGAGGUAACAGGCACAUCAUCUGAAACAUCAACAUCUACAAGCACAGCCCUGCCAGUGUCGCAAACUUCAUUGCCAGUCGUUACAUCCACACAGCCAACAACACAGACAAAAACAACUGCUGUACCAGUCACUACCGUUGUGUCCACAACAGUGAGUGUAAAAUCAUCCACUGGGUCUGAGGUUACCACUCAGGGUCUUUCUUCAACAACAAAACCUCUGAAAGCUGAAACAACUCUUUCAACCAGCACACCAGCCAUCCCAUCCACUACUCUCAUUGUAGAGGAAGGAAGCACCACUGUCCAACCAUCUACAGAAUCAUCAGCUCCAAGUAUAGUCUCUACAACUUCAAAAUCAUCUACAGCUACUCAAACAACUGGACAACCAACCACAACUGAGACUGUAACUGAGAAUGAAUUGACCACAGCUCAGACACCUUUGUCCACCACCACCAGGCCACCAAAAGUGGGGACGACUGGCCUAACAAGCCAACCAACGACUACAGCAACAACCACUUUAGAAGAGGUUACAGGCACAUCAUCUGAAACAUCAACAUCUACAAGCACAGCCCUGCCAGUGUCGCAAACUUCAUUGCCAGUCGUUACAUCCACACAGCCAACAACACAGACAAAAACAACUGCUGUACCAGUCACUACCGUUGUGUCCACAACAGUGAGUGUAGAAUCAUCCACUGGGUCUGAGGUUACCACUCAGGGUCUUUCUUCAACAACAAAACCUCUCAAAGCUGAAACAACUCUUUCAACCACCACACCAGCCAUCCCAUCCACUACUCUCAUUGUAGAGGAAGGAAGCACCACUGUCCAACCAUCUACAGAAUCAUCAGCUCCAAGUGUAGUCUCCACAACUUCAAAAUCAUCUACAGCUACUCAAACAACUGGACAACCAACCACAACUGAGACUGUAACUGAGAAUGAAUUGACCACAGCUCAGACACCUUUGUCCACCACCACCAGGCCACCAAAAGUGGGGACGACUGGCCUAACAAGCCAACCAACGACUACAGCAACAACCACUUUAGAAGAGGUUACAGGCACAUCAUCUGAAACAUCAACAUCUACAAGCACAGCCCUGCCAGUGUCGCAAACUUCAUUGCCAGUCGUUACAUCCACACAGCCAACAACACAGACAAAAACAACUGCUGUACCAGUCACUACCGUUGUGUCCACAACAGUGAGUGUAGAAUCAUCCACUGGGUCUGAGGUUACCACUCAGGGUCUUUCUUCAACAACAAAACCUCUCAAAGCUGAAACAACUCUUUCAACCACCACACCAGCCAUCCCAUCCACUACUCUCAUUGUAGAGGAAGGAAGCACCACUGUCCAACCAUCUACAGAAUCAUCAGCUCCAAGUGUAGUCUCCACAACUUCAAAAUCAUCUACAGCUACUCAAACAACUGGACAACCAACCACAACUGAGACUGUAACUGACAAUGAAUUGACCACAGCUCAGACACCUUUGUCCACCACCACCAGGCCACCAAAAGUGGGGACGACUGGCCUAACAAGCCAACCAACGACUACAGCAACAACCACUUUAGAAGUGGAAACAUCAUUCGAAACAACUAAAACAGUGUAUAUUCCAACCAUUUCACCAAUUUCAACACAAAAUGUUUUCCACUCAUCCACAUCCAUGAAGACCUCAAUUGCUCCCUUUACACAAACAUUACCAUUAUUUACUAACACCCUUCCAGUGCCUACAACGUCCUCUUCAUUCUCAACCACUUCUGUUGCUUGUUGUUUUGUCAAUGGCACACAUUUUCAAUCAGGUGACAUCAUUUACAAUGUUACUGAUGGCUUUGGUUGGUGCUUCACUGCAUACUGUAAUGCAGCUUGUGAUAUUGUGAAGAUUUCAACAUCAUGUGAAACCUCCCCAUCACCAUCCAUUCCUCCUGAAACAACCACAUAUUCAAGUUCAACAACCAUAAGUUCCCCAGAAACAACACAGCCUGCCACAACUAAUACAGACACAGAAGUAACAACUACAACCUAUGGGCCUAAGUGUGAUGCACUUGAUCCACCAAGACAGCCCAAUGAUAGUUGGCAGAGUGGAUGUCAAAUGUGUGAGUGUGAGAGUGAAACACUGACGGUCCGUUGCCAGCCUGUAACUUGUCCUGUUUCACCACCUGUUACUUGCGAUAAGCCUGGACAAGUGCUUGUAAACACAACAAUUGACUGCUGUGAGAUCCAUGAGUGCAGUUGUGAUGUGAACCUGUGCCCUAUUCCCGCAAUACAAUGUCCACUGGGCUUUAUACCAUCCUUCAGUGUGUCUCCAGAUAACUGCUGUCCAGAUUAUAAUUGCUCACCCAUGGAAGUCUGUGUCCAUAAUACCACAGUGUAUCAGCCUGGCUCACCUAUACCAAGCGAUGACCCUUGUACGCUUUGUCAGUGUGGUUGGAACGUAGAUCCUGAAACAAAACUUCUUGCUCCAAAGUGUGUGAAAGCUGACUGCAACGAUAACUGUCCAGAGGGUUACGAGUACCAACUCAUUCCUGGUCAGUGCUGUGGAGAGUGUGUUAGCACCGAUUGUGUUGUUAUGCAUGACAACAUCACAGUUACCGUUUCAGUAGACCAGAUAUGGCAACCAUCUAAUGACAAAUGUGUGAAAUACAAGUGUGAGAGAGUCAAUGGUAACUCAGUGACAGUUGAGAUUAAGACCACUUGCCCUGCCUUUAACCCUGAGAAUUGUAUCCCUGGAACAGAGACAAUAGAUGCAGAUGGCUGCUGUCAAACCUGUACACUGGACAACAAGUGUAAUGUCCAGAAGAACAGCACCUUCAUGGUCAGUAAUGGCUGCAUAAGCAGCACACCUGUGGAAAUAACCUCUUGCUCAGGCAUGUGUGAAACCUCAUCAAUAUACUCUGCAGAAGCGAACGCUCUUGUGCACUCAUGCUCGUGCUGUCAAGAAAUGACAACCACCAAGAAGCAAGUGACUCUGACUUGCCCAAAUGGGUCAAAUAUCAGCCACACUUACAUUUACAUUCAGUCUUGUGGCUGCAAGGCCUCUGAUUGCUCUGGUCAAUCGACUUCCUUAAGGAGACGCCGAAGGAGAUUGUGA